CCGGACUCAGGCCAGCGAGCCAGGAGGCGGAUCCCGGGCAAAAGAUAUAAGGGCUCUGUUCACGGAGCGCUGCAACUGCGGAGUGUCCCUUCCAAAGAGCAGCUGCUGAGGGAAGAAGGACACCAAAGCCAGUCUGACGCAAGUACGACAGACCUCCGCCAGCAAGUGCUGCCUCUCUUCCCACUGCACCCUAGGCCCAGCCACCCACAGCCCAGAGCUCAGAUGGAAAGUGUGCAGGAGCUGAUCCCUCUGGCCAAGGAGAUGAUGGCGCAGAAGCCCCGAGGGAAGCUAGUGAAGCUGUACGUGCUGGGCAGUGUGCUGGCGCUCUUCGGUGUGGUGCUCGGUCUAGUUGAGACGGUGUGCAGCCCUUUCACAGCCCCCAGCCGUCUGCGCGACCAGGAAGCUGCAGUGGCGGAGCUGCGUGAAGCUUGUGAGCAGCAGUCCCUCCACAAGCAGGCCCUGCUGUCAGGAGGCAAGGCACAGGAGGCUACCCUGUGCAGCCGGGCCCUGUCCCUCCGGCAGCACGCCUCUUAAGGCCGGUGACUGACAGAGAAGGGAGUGAGACACAGAUCACGACCCAGGUGGGGCGAGAGCAGAGUCACAUGCUGUUUCAAGGUGCCACCGAAUCCAGAACUGACCCUGCACAGAUCACCUAAGGGGUCUGGGACUGAUUUGCUGCUGUGCAGCAUGCACUGUGAUUUGCCCUAGGCUGUGCGAGCGAUCAAGGAGCUAUCACUUUGCAGUAGAGAAGGAGACAUGCUUUUUAUACGGUUAUUUUUAUUGUUAUUAUUAUUAUUACAAUGACUAUCGUUUUGCAUUUUGAAAUAAAAACGUUUUAUACUCUA